UCAGGAGAUGGAGACUGAGGAGUCAUGGAAAUCCAGGUGUCAUGACGAAACCGAUCUUUCUUUUACCCAGCUGACGACGCUGGAGUUGAUGCAGCUCGCAGAGAUACCAAAAACCAUAGACGUGCUCUUCUCGCUCCAAGUAGGUGUAUCUGAGUUCCAGGUGGGGGGCAAGGUCGGCGAAAAGGCGGAGAACUACGGAGACGGCUGUUGGACCCGAGCUGUCCUUCCGUUCGGAAAGUCAUGUGGCCAGCAGUACACAAUCGAUCUCGUUGACAAAGACCUGGUGCUAGUGGCGAAACAGCAGAACAGCAAAUUCAAACCACCGAUUCUUUUUGACAACACCACCACCAUGGAAAUGAAGAUCAACCUGAUGUUCGGGCGCGUUCAGCGGAGAAACCUUGGCUGGUCCCUGCACCGCAUCGAAAUGGAUUACAUUUACGGCGAAUGCACACUUCCUGACGUGACCCCUACGCCUCUGAUUGUGUCACACGUCAGGAGCGUCGUCUCCAAGCAUCGCCGCCUCCAGUGGGACUGAUAUCGUUCCUCCUGGACUUUUUUUACGGACAUUAUUAGUCAAUUACUCCCGGACCUUCAGUGGCCGUACUCAAUGUCCGUACGACCCGCUACAGUAGUCGCUGUGACGGCAAAGUUAGAAUAGAGGUGUGUGCACCGGAACGCAAACCACUAUAGCAGUAUCAAGUCAAUACAUAUCGAGCGCUCAAGAUAUCCAUGUAGCGUGUAUUAGUGACUCUGCGCAUAUUAGUCGUUCUAAAGCUGCAAAGUGUACAGUCGAACGCUGCUAA